GAGCUGGUGAAAUGCGGAGGAGAUAUCUGAACCUCGACAGGACCUCGGGACGUUGAAGCCAAGGAGGAAAACAAGCUCUCGCUAGAUCCCGACACAGUUCGUAAGGUACCUCCAUCCGCACCCACUCCACUACGUCACAGGAUGUACCUUUUCCGUGCCGAGGCAUCUCCAGUCUCUCUCCAGAUCGGACCCCUGCUCUCACGCAGCUUACCCCAGAUUCCUUCUCACCUCUCCCCGUCCGUCCGUGAGCGACCGCCUCAACUCAAUCACCUCUCACAAGCAUUCAUCGCGCCUGUCAGACAAUCGUCAACAUGGCAGACCAAGCAAAGAGGAGGAUCCAAGCCAUUGGUGACCAGCUGUCGCCUGGUUCCUCCACCGAGCUCAAGCCUCUUACCAAGGUAGCCGCCGGCUCAAGCACACCGCGUGUGAAGGACAAGGUGGUCAUUAUCACCGGCGCCAACUCGGAGCUCGGCAUCGGGCGCGCAACGGCACAUCAGUACGCUGAAUCAGGCGCCAGAGCCAUCUACAUCUGCGACUUUGAUGAUUCCAACCUCGCCGCGCACAAGGCCGAGAUCAACGCCCUGUACCCCAACGUCGACAUCCACACGCGCCAGUUUGACGCGUCAGAGGAGGCCAAGGUGAAAGAGGUCGUUGACGAUGCCCUCGCACGGUACGGGCGGUUGGACGUCUUCUUUGCCAAUGCGGGCAUCGUCGGUCCGCAUGCACUCUUCACCAACAUUGACGACGCGGAUUUCAUGCAGAUCAUGAAGGUGAACACCCUGAGCGUGUUCCUCGCCGUCAAGCACGCGGCACCCGCCAUGCAAAAGACCUCGGACGCGAAACCAGCAUCGUCCGGAUCCAUCAUCGGGACGGCGAGUGUGGCAGGCUUGCGCUCCAACGCGGGCUCGACGCCAUACUCGGCAUCCAAGGCGGCGGUCAUUUCCUUGGCGCAGACGACGGCGUAUCAGCUGGUGGGCACGAAUGUGCGCGUCAACGCCAUCUGUCCCGGCCUCAUCGAGACAGGCAUGACGGCGCCCACGUAUGAGAGUGCCAGGGCCCGUGGUACGGAGAAGAAGAUUGGCCAGCUCAACCCGACGCGGAGGGGUGGCCAUGCCGAUGAGAUUGCGCGCGUGGCGCUCUUCCUGGGAAGCGACGAGAGCAGCUACGUAAACGGACAGGCGUGGGCUGUGGAUGGUGGACUGAGUGCGGGCCACCCCUAUGUGCCUGGGAGGAUCGGCUAAUAUAAAU